AGAGAAGGAGAAAGGGUAAAUAAGCUUUGCUCAUAGGAAAAACUCACUGAAACAGAUAUGGUAAUUAACAACGUCGAGGGAAAGGGAAAAAAGUUCGGAUUUUUUUUUCAACAUUUUCUGGGAUAUUUUCUCGGCUGCCGAACACACACUUGACAGGGUCUUCCGCGUCACACGGCCCAUAUCCUCGGUUCACCAGAUAAUCGCCUCGGCUUCCGUUGUUUCCUUCCUGCAACUUCUUUACACACAGAUCUCUCUCUCUCUCUCUCUCUCUCUCUCUCUCUCUGUUAGUCUGUUUGGGCUAGGGUUUAUCAGUGGUUUGGCCAUGGAGGCUUCGUCUUCUCGGCAGCCCGAUUCGUCUAAUCUAACUGCUUCCGCCGCUUCCAAGUACCUCGCCGACCUUCCAUCUCGCGGUCUCUUCUCCUCCACCGUUGUCUCUUCCAAUCCGGGAGGUAUGCGGGUCUAUAUAUGUGAACAUGACACAUCUCCCCCAGACGGGCAACAGAUCAAAACAAACCAGCAAAAUAUACUCAUUAGAUCUCUCAUGAUAAAGAAACAAAGAGGUGAAUCUAGUUCAAAGGAUGCAAAAGGAGCUGCUGAAGAUGGCCCUAGAAAGAGAGCUGCAAAUAGAGCACUGGAGGAGAGAACUACAGCCAAGAGAGCUACUAAUGGAACUAGACAAGAGGAAAAAGACUAUCAUUCUUUGACUGUUGAGAAGCUUCGAGCCAUUCUCAAAGAGAAGGGUCUUCCAGCAAAAGGAAGAAAGGAUGAGCUCAUUGCACGACUGAAAAACGCCAACAGUUAAUCCAGUAAGUAGAUCAAGCCAUGAAAACAGGGGGGAGAUAUAGAUUAUGGAUGGUUGUAACUUGAGAGGUUAAGUAUGGUCUGGAACUUAGGGUUCUUGGUUAGAAUGGGAUCCGGUUUAAUUAUCUGGAAUUUGGGUUCUUGAACAUAUGUGGGUCCUUUUUUGGUCUUUUGGGAUCUGUCAUCUGAAAUUUGGGGAGGUUUCUUUAACAUGUAAAUUUGCAAUAGUUACAUGUCCCCAAAUGCAGGAAUGGGCAUGGAUCCGGUUCGGUUAUUAUGGGUUUGCUAGAACCGUUAAACCGGAUUGGACCGUUUCAGUGAAGCCACAACUGGAAUGGUAAUGUUCUAGUUAUGGUUAUUGUUGGUGAAAUUCAAUCCAACCGCUUUUAUCAUCGUAAUCAAUCAUUGCAGUUUGAGUUCGGGUU